AUGGAUGAUAAGGCGACGUUAUUCCCCCGGGUGGAGUACGAUGGCGAACGGGUCCCAGAUUAUGUCCAACAGAGUCGGUCCGACCCCCCAUCGGCUUUACUGCUGCAGAGUGAGGCAUGCUACGGAGUAGACCAACGCUCGAUUUCGCGACUAUCCUCUGCAAGCGGAACGUUGCGGUGGAGCUUCCGCAGGCAAGGGACUUCGCGUGCGCCGUCGAGCGUAGUGAGCUUUGCUUCUUCAGAUGCGGGUUCUGCGGUUGGUAGAACAGGGCAGAGAGAGCGCAGUUCUCUCGAUUUUCGCGCGAUUGCACCUGCUCUGGGCGGAGCGUACUCGUUUGACGGCUCCGGCAUCGUGUCGACACGCAGCAUACCUCGGAGAGCAACAAGCCGAGGGCCGAGAUACGCUCGCGCCCCAUAUGUCUUCAGCCACGACUUCCUCCGUGUUACCGGACGGGAUGAAGGAGGAAAUGGAGAGGUCAAGAAACUUGGCAGUGAGCGUCCAUCUCUCGCAGCUCGUUUUGUUAAGCAGGUCCAUCAAGAGACAUGCCAUGGGAUAUAUCCCCUAUGGGCAGCUGGGUCUAUUCUGUGGUUGUGUCUCGUGGGUGCUGUUUUUUUUAUAUCUGUGGGAGCGUGGCUCAUCGUAGAGGAUGAGCAACAUGUGGAGUGCAAACUUAGCUACGCCGAAAAAACGCUUCAGGAAGGAGGCUCGAAGUACUUGCUGAAGGGAAUAUCUAGCGCGCAUUGCACGCAUGACGUUGAUGAGCUCAAGGGACAGGAAAUCAGUGUUUAUGCCGAGUUGGAGCAUUUUUAUCAGAAUGACGCCCAGAUUGUGUGGAGCCGGAGCGAUCGCCAGCUGGCAGGUGCAAUUUUCACAGAUCCAAACGACGUCCGUGACUGUGAACCGCUAGCGACUGCUCUGGUAGACAAUGUGACGAAAGUCCUUCAUCCGUGCGGUGUACUCGCAUGGAGCGUGUUUACUGACAAGUAUCAGUUUCUGGAAGGCACACCUGAUGGCGAUAAUGAUCAGGUUCCAAUGAAACCCAUACCGCUGACUCAGAACCAAAAUGUCCUGCUGAGUUCAUGGCAGUGGCGAGACACAUACAGAAAUCCUCCGGCGAGGGAACGCGCUGCGGUGCUGGACAAAGUAUACUUCUGGAUGAGUCCCGACGACAACGAUGACGGAGAGGACAUGUACAAAAGUCGAGAGGAAGCACGUGCUGAACUCCUGGUGGAUCGGCUCAACUACGAGGAAGCGGGAGAAAUGGUGGAGAACGGCCAUUUCAUCCAGUGGAUGCAGACAGCAGCCCUGGGAACGUUUCGGAAACUGUAUGGCAGGCUGGAAGGCCCGCUCAAGCUUCCUGUAUCUGCGCACAUCACUGUCACGUACGACGUGUCAUCGUGGAAUGGAAAGAAGGCAAUUGUUCUGGUUCAGAAUUCUAGAUUCGGGGGUCGUUCGCUAUUCAUUGGUAUAGCGUAUCUCUCAUUCGGAUGCCUGCUGACGAUGCUGGUAUUUUACGUGCUUUGGAAAAAGUGGCAGUACCGCAGAGAGGGAGAGGAAAUCCUGGACCUUCGAUGGCAGCCAAAGAGCGGCGCCAGGAGGAAAACAAAAUGA